AUGGCGAGCUGCCAGGUGCAGGGCGAGCCCGACCUCUACGGGCUGGGCAUCCGCGUCGCAUUCUACAUCCAAUGGUUCGGCGCCAUCGUCAUCGAGUACCUCGGAAUGGCAGACCUGCCCGAUAUCCGCCUCAUCGGCCUCCUCUUCUCCGCAGCAGCCUUCCUCGGCCUCAUCAUAAAGCUCUCCGUGGCCACCGCGCUGCAACCAGCCGACGUCUACAUCGUCCUCCUGCUGGCGAUGGGCAUCUACCUUCCCCUCGUCCCGCUCUACCUCUGGAAGGCGGCGACGUGCUUCAACCGCUACUGGGACCCCUUCCGCUGGUCCGAGGAGACGCCGAGCCCGGCGUUCAAGGGGCUCAAUUUUACGCUCCUCCUGGCAAUCGCCUCGCUGGCGGUAUGGUACUGGUGCUCCUUCGCGCCGGAGCACCCCUGUUCCGGGGAGCAGUACGGCUUCUUCUUCAGCCGCGUGAGCUUGGGCAACAAGGCGUUUGUAGCAUUCAAUGCCAUCAUGUACUUUGUCAUUCUCUUCGUCUGCCUUGUCGUCUUCCUGCGCAAGGUCGGUUGGAAAGUGCCCUUUUGGAGGGAGAGGCGGAAGAAGCGGAGAGUCAAGAGAAUGCACGUCAUGGCCAUCAAGGAGAUGAAGACGCUAAGCAACGUCGCCGUCGCCGCGACGCUCAUUGCAGCCGUCGAACUGGCCGUCGUCUGGAAUAGGAUCCCCGACGUGAAUAACGUCGCGGACGUGGCUCAGGUGCUGCCCCUCCUCGUCAGCGCCGGCUUUUUCGUCCGGAUACUCUUCCUUCACUUCGCGGGCGUGAGCGGGGGCUCGGAUUCGUCAGAGGAGGAUAGCGAUGGAGGAUCGCACAGCUACAUGACGGAGUCCCAGGGUGGGUUGCCGCCCGCACCGCCACCUGUUCACGCGCGGUGA